UUUAAUAACAGUAAUUACACUGCUUUUUUACUAACAUGUUAAGACAUUUGAUAAUCCAUGGAAAGUCUCAUAUCUUCCAUGUCGAAUGCAUGGCCUUGGCAAGGCUACCAUGUAAUGUUAACGUUAUCAAUGUUUUUAAUUCGCUGCAUAUCGGUUGCGAUUACCUUAGCGAGAAGAAGACUGUCGACGAUCCGGUAGAAAGCAAACGAAAAAGAGAGAAUAGUUCCUUCAACGGCGAUUCAACGAGUUCACCACCCACAAAAAGGUCAAACAUAAAUAUAAAAAGUUCACAGCCACGUUCCUUAAGCACGUCUCCUGGUUCUAGUGCAACAAAGGAAAAUAAUGCCAAGCGUAAGAAGAAUUCAUCACCUAAGGCUCCUGCAAAACGUACACAAAAAAAUCAAAGUAAUAAAAAAGACAUUGCCAAAGAAAAGGACAAAGUAAGCCAACCUGUGGAAACGAUAAACAUUGUUGUUAAUACAAAGGAAGACAAAGAAGAAGAUCCCUGGAACUCUGAGACCAGUGUAGAACUUUCCGCUAAGAAGGGAAAAAAGAAGAAAGUGGGAGAAAAAUAUUCCAGAAUAAUUCGAAUGCAAGAUUCAAGUGAAGAGGAAGAUCAUUUGCCAUUACCAGACAGCCCAGUUAAAACAGAAAAGAAAGAUGAAGAGUUAAGCAUAUCCAAAUCUGAAAGUAUAAAUGAAAAAUCGAAUGUGGACGAUUGCAAGAGAGUUACGGAAUCGAGCUUGGUUGUGUCUGAAACUGAGUGCAAAGACCGGAAUUUUUAUGGAGAGGAUAAAAAGGUGGAUGGAUCUUCUAACGGUGAAAGCAAAGACGACAGCAACGAAGAAAACCCCAGAAAUCAUAAUUCCAAGACAUCUCCCAAGGAAAUGCACAGCUUUUUUGAACCAAAGCAGAAAAGAGAGUUGGGAGAAAAGGGUACUAAUUCAAAAACUAGUGGAAUCUCUUACAAUCCAAGCAAAUCAAAUUACCAUCCUAUUGAUGAUGCAUGUUGGAAGGAUGGAGAAAAGGUACCUUACGCCGCACUGGCUCGAACGCUAGAACUGAUCGAGGAGACAAGUGCCCGAUUGAAGAUUAUUGAGAUUUUGUCAAAUUACUUUCGCUCCGUCAUUACUCUUAGUCCCGAUGACUUACUCCCUAGUGUGUACCUGUGUUUGAACAAAUUGGCACCAGCAUAUGAAGGUAUCGAGCUCGGCGUGGCCGAAACGACGCUUAUGAAAACCAUAGCUCAGUGUACCGGCAGAUCGUUAUCUCAAAUUAAGGCGGACGUGCAAGAAGCCGGUGAUUUGGGCAUCGUAGCAGAAGGAAGUCGAUCGAAUCAAAGAAUGAUGUUCCAACCAGCACCUUUGACUGUCUCGGUCGUAUUUGCAAAAUUGAAAGAAAUCGCUCAGAUGACAGGUCAAGCGUCAGUUGGGAAGAAAGUGGACAAAAUUCAGUCCAUGAUUGUGGCUUGUCGUUUCACGGAAACUAGGUAUCUCAUCCGAUCCUUGGCUGGCAAAUUAAGAAUUGGCCUUGCAGAACAGUCUGUUUUACAAGCAUUAGCCUUAGCCUGUGCCACGACACCUCCCGAACGGAAUCGUCCCUUAACAAACUUAAAUGCCGCAAAGAACAUCUCGAGUGAGACGUUUAAGCAAACCUAUGACAAAGUUGCCCUUAUUCUCAAGACUACAUACUGCGAAUGUCCUAAUUACGAUAUGAUUAUUCCUGCUUUACUGGAGGUUGGAAUCGAAGGUCUACCCAAAAGGUGUAGAUUAACCCCAGGCAUUCCCUUAAAGCCAAUGCUGGCCCAUCCGACAAAAGGAGUACAAGAAGUCUUAUCUCGUUUCGAAGGUUUGAAAUUUACAUGCGAAUGGAAAUAUGACGGAGAGAGGGUGCAGAUCCACAUUGCUGAGAACGGAGACGUGAGCAUUUACAGCAGAAAUCAAGAAAAUAACACCAGUAAAUAUCCAGACGUUAUAAAUCGCCUGGACAAUGCCCGUACCGAUUCCGUGAGGAGCUGUAUUCUGGAUGGCGAAGCAGUCGCCUGGAGUCACGAGAAGAAACAAAUACUGCCUUUCCAGAUCUUGAGUACCAGGAAGCGCAAGGAUGCUGUCGAGGCAGACAUCAAAGUGCAAGUUUGCGUAUUUAUGUUUGACUUAUUGUACCUGAACGGAGAGGCUUUGGUUAAGGAGCCGUUUAUUAAACGACGACAACUACUUAAAGACAAUUUUAAAGAGAUUGAAGGUGAAUGGAAAUUUGCCACGAGUCACGACCCGACAACCAUGGAGGAGGUCGAAGACUUCCUCGAGGAAUCCGUAAAGGGUAACUGCGAAGGUCUCAUGGUCAAAACUCUGGAGGAAGAUGCUACCUACGAGAUAGCCAAGAGGUCGCGAAACUGGUUGAAACUUAAGAAGGAUUACCUGGAAGGUGUGGGUGACACUCUGGACGUUGUGGCAAUCGGUGGCUACAUCGGCAAGGGAAAAAGAACCGGCACCUACGGAGGCUUCCUCCUGGCCUGCUAUGACCAAGAGAACGAAGAAUACCAGAGCUUGUGCAAGAUCGGAACAGGCUUCAGCGAAGAAGAUUUGCAAAAUCAUACAAAGUUCUUCAAGGAUCGCAUUAUUUCCCAGCCUAGAUCGUAUUACCGCUACGAUACCAAUCUUGAACCCGACCACUGGUUCGAACCUUGUCAAGUUUGGGAGAUCAAAUGUGCCGAUCUGUCGUUGUCUCCGGUUCACAGGGCUGCUGCAGGGAUUGUUGAUCCCGAGAAAGGAAUAUCCUUGCGGUUUCCACGAUUCAUCCGAAUAAGGGACGACAAAAACUGCGAAGAUGCGACUUCUGCUCAGCAAAUUGCAGAGAUGUAUCGCAACCAAGAACAGAUCAAGAAUCAAUCCUCUUCCACAAACGUCACCGAAGAAGAUUUUUAUUGAAUAUUUUAUACUUCAUUUUAACCUUUCACCUGUACG